AUGGAUUAUAAUGUUAUUAUUCACACUGGAGAAGAACCUAAUUUUAAAGAAUUUCAUGUGCACUCUAUUAUCUUACGCUGCAGGUCCGAAUAUUUCAAUAACCUGUUUUCUACAGAAAAUAUUGAAAAAAGAGAUGGAAAAUAUAUAAUUAAGAGACCAAAUAUUUCUCCUCAAGCUUUUGAUAUUAUUAUUAAGUACCUUUAUACCGGUCAAUUUGACAUUACUGAUAAAACUGGAGCCGAUCUUAUAGAUUUUAUGAUUGCUUUUGGUGAAUGUAUGUUGAAUGAUUUGACUAAAUUUACCGAAGACUUUAUGUUUAGAAGCCAACAACAAUUUUUGCAAGACGAUCCAGUCGGAAUUCUUCAAAUUAUUUACUGCUAUAAAAUAUUUGCUAGGUUGCAAGAAUAUUGUUUGAAUAAAAUCUGUUCUGAACCAAAAAUUUUAUUCAGUUCUAAUAAAUUCACUCAACUAUCCGUUCCUUUAUUGGAAAUUAUUUUAAAGCGUGAUGACUUAAACUUAAAAGAAAUUGAAAUUUGGGAAAGUUUGAUCAAAUGGGGAUUAGCGCAAGAACAUGUUUUUAAUCGGGAUGUCACUAGAUGGAACCAAAAUGAUAUUAAUACCUUUAAAAAGAUUGUUGACAAAUUUAUUCCUUUAAUUAGAUUUUAUGAUAUUUCCACCAGAGAUUACUUCAAUAAAGUUAAACCCUACGAAGAAAUUUUAUCUAAAGAAUUAAGAGAUGAUAUUUUAAAAUUUUAUAUGGUUCCUGAAUACAAACCUGUAUAUACACCAAGGAAUCCUAGAUAUAUUAAUGGCUCUAUUAUUAUUGGUCAAGAACAUUUUACAACUUUUGCAAAUUGGAUUGAUAGAGAGGAAGAAAACACCAAUUAUAUUGAUAUCCCUUAUGAAUUUAUUCUUUUAUAUAGAUCUAGUAGAGAUGGAAAUACAGCUGCAGCAUUUCACGCCAAAUGUGAUAGAAAAGGAGCUACUAUAGUUGUAGUAAGAAUCGCAAAUUCAGAACGAAUAGUUGGAGGAUAUAAUCCUCUUUUUUGGGAUUCAGAUGAUUCAAGUUAUAUAGGUACUUAUGUAGGUGGUAGUUUUAUAUUCUCAUUUACGAAUGAAAACGGCCUUCGGCGUGCGAAUGUGGCAUAUAGUAACAAUUGGCGAAGAUCCGUAUAUAGUAGUCCAAUAAAUGGUCCAGGAUUCGGUUAUGGUGACUUAUAUGUAAAUUAUGUAAGAGAACCUAGCGUUUGGUAUAGUGUUACAUCUUGCUAUCCUACAAUUAAUUUACCAAACACUAUGAGUGUAGAUGAUUAUGAAGUAUUUCAGGUUAUUAAAAAAUCAUUAGAUUGA